GGCGGUAUUUGCAAACAAUAUUACGCGGUAACAAAACCGUCGGUGCUCGAUCGAUCGCGCAGUUCCACCACGUACCGAUCGAGAAACGUACAGUGAGCUACUCUCCUUAUAUACAAGUAUAUAUGAACUGAGCACGUUCGCGAGUAUCACUGCAAAAUCAGUUCAUUGCAGGAGAAGAGAGAACACCACCAUGGUGAGCAGAAGCAAGCAGGCGCUGGCGACGCCGCUGUCUCUCUUCCUCCUCCACCUGCUGCUUGCUGCUCUCGCCCUUCGUCUCGUCGCCGUAGCAUCAGCCAGCGUCGUCAUCAGCGUGGCGGAGGAGGCCGAGAACAACGCGACGGCGCCGUGGGCGACAGAAGAAAGGUUAGUGGUGGUGGUCGAGCUCGGGUCGGCGGCGGCACGUCAGCUGCAGCUGGGCGGAGGAGGAGUGGAGCUUCAUCACCGGCGGCGCGAGCUGGCCGGGAAGAUCCCGUUUGGUCCGUUGCGUCCUGACGGGAGCGCCUGCAGGCCGCACUGCCCCGCGAAGUCAGGCCUGCCGUACACCAGGGACUGCAAGGUGAUCUACCUGUGUGGCAGGGGUCGCUAAGCUAGCUAGCUAUACGACCCCGGCCGCUUCUCUUGCUGUACUCCACGUCGUAUACACUAUCAAUUUGGCAGAUGCAUGUUUGCUGCUGCUUUCGGUGUACGGGUAUAUAUGCCUCGAGCAAUAUCUGCAUUCCCGUGUGACCUCGGAAAUGUCUGGUUUUUUUUUUCUUCUCUCUUUUGGUGUUUUUCAUUAUAUUCUGGGAAAGUAUCAAAUGUCUAUUCAGUUUCAAUGGGCCAUCUCUUACACCCCGACAUCAAUCAUGGCAUUUUCUUGGAA